AUGGCUAGCAAGUUGCGGAUAUUGGUGCCCGUCAAGCGGGUGAUUGAUUAUGCGAUCAAGCCCCGCAUUAACAAGGCCCAGACGGGUGUCGAAACCGCCGGUGUCAAGCACUCCCUGAACCCAUUCGACGAGCUCUCCAUCGAGGAGGCUGUGCGCCUGCGCGAGAACCACAAGAACAAGAAGAGCCCCAUGGAAGUCGAAAACAUCCUUGCUCUGUCAGCCGGCGGCCCCAAGGCCCCCGAUGUGCUGCGGACCGCGAUGGCCAUGGGCGCCGACCGAGCCUUCCACAUCGAUGUCCCCGAGUCGGCGGACGGUGGACCGGAGCCGCUGACCAUUGCCAAGAUGCUGCGCGGUGUCGUCGAGAAGGAGAACAUCAACCUGGUCUUGCUGGGUAAGCAGGCCAUUGAUGGUGACCAGGGCCAGACUGGCCAGAUGCUCGCUGGAUUGUUGGGCUGGCCGCAGGCUACUCAGGCUAGCAAGGUUGAGAUCAAGGAUGAGGCUGGUACCGUUGAGGUGACGCACGAGGUCGACGGUGGUGUUGAGACUCUGCGCGCUAAGCUGCCUUUGGUUAUCACCACCGAUCUGCGUCUGAACGAACCCCGCUACGCCAGUCUGCCCAACAUUAUGAAAGCGAAGAAGAAGCCGCUGGAGAAGAAGACUCUGGCCGACUUUGGCGUUGAGGAUACACGGCGCUUGAAGACUCUCAAGGUCACCGAACCCCCGGCGCGCAAGGGUGGUGGCAAGGUCGAGGAUGUCGAUGGCCUCAUCGGCAAGCUGAAGGAGCUUGGAGCUCUCUAA